AUGAUCCGAAUCAUCGCCAAAACAAAAUGGGAUCUAAGUUGGGCUCAGACACACACAUGGUCAUAUUCUGCUAAUAACUUUUUGAGUUAUCCUGCUAAGCAACGGACAAACAUGUCCCUGGUGGAGCACGCAGCCCAAGGCGGCGUCCCGAGAUCAGUCUCGAAUCACGUCCCACGGAACAGUGCGGCCGACCCCGGUUCGACCCUCACGAUCAUGCACGCCCAGCAUCACGUGAUCACUCGCACGAUGUCCAGUCAUCACGGCAGGUCCUCCGGCACCUCGGCAGGCAGGUCCUCCGGCACGACCUCGGCAGGUCUCCUCCGGCACGACCUCGGCAGCACGACCUCGUCCUCCGGCACGACCUCAGGGCAGUCCUCCGGCACGACCUCGGCAGGUCCUCCGGCACGACCUCGGAGGUCCUCCGGCACGACCUCGGCCGGCAGGUCCUCCGGCACGACCUCGGCCGGCAGGUCCUCCGGCACGACCUCGGCUCCUCCGGCACGACCUCGGCCGGCAGACGACCUCGUCUCCGGCACGACCUCGGCAGGCAGGUCCACGACCUCGGCAGGCAGGUCCUCCGGCACGACCUCGGCAGGUCCUCCGGCACGACCUCGGCAGGCAGGUCCUCCGGCACGACCUCUCCUCCGGCACGACCUCGGGGCAGGUCCUCCUCGGCAGGCAGGUCCUCCGGCCGACAGGCAGGUCCUCCGGCACGACCUCGGCUCACGACCUCGGUCCUCCGUCGUCCUCCGGCACGACCUCGGCCGGCAGGUCCUCCGGCACGACCUCGGCAGGCAGGUCCUCCGGCACGACCUCGGCAGGCAGGUCCUCCGGCACGACCUCGGCAGCAGGUCCUCCGGCACGACCUCGGCAGGCAGGUCCUCCGGCACGACCUCGGCCGGCAGGUCCUUCGGCAGGCAGGUCCUCCGGCACGACCUCGGCAGGCAGGUCCUCCGGCACGACCUCGGCAGGCAGGUCCUCCGGCACGACCUCGGCCGGCAGGGUCCUCCGGCACGACCUCGGCAGGCAGGUCCUCCGGCACGACCUCGGCAGGCAGGUCCUCCGGCACGACCUCGGCAGGCAGGUCCUCCGCACGACCUCGGCCAGGCAGGUCCUCCGGCACGACCUCGGCGCAGGUCGGCACGACCUCGGCAGGUCCUCCGGCACGACCUCGGCAGGUCCUCCGGCACGACCUCGGCAGGCAGGUCCUCCGGCACGACCUCGGCAGGCAGGUCCUCCGGCACGACCUCGGCCCGCAGGUCCUCCGGCACGACCUCGGCAGCAGGUCCUCGGCACGACCUCGGCAGCAGGUCCUCCGGCACGACCUCGGCAGCAGGUCCUUCCGGCACGACCUCGGCCAGGUCCUCCGGCACGACCUCGGCAGGCAGUCCUCAACGACCUCGGCAGCAGGUCCUCCGGCACGACCUCGGCAGACAGGUCCUCCGGCACGACCUCGGCAGGCAGGUCCUCCGGCACGACCUCGGCAGGCAGGUCUUCCGGCACGACCUCGGCAAGGUCGGCACGGCAAGCAGUCCUCCGGCACGACCUCGGCAGCAGGUCCUCCGGCACGACCUCUCGGCACGACCUCGGCAGGCAGGUCCUCCGGCACGACCUCGGCAGGCAGACGACCUCGGCAGCAGGUCCUCCGGCACGACCUCGGCAGGCAGGUCCUCCGGCACGACCUCGGCAGGCAGGUCCUCCGGCACGACCUCGGCAGGCAGGUCCUCCGGCACGACCUCGGCAUCUCCGGCACGACCUCGGCAGGACGGUCCUCCUCGGCAGUCCUCCGGCACGACCUCGGCAGGCAGACGACCUCGGCAUCCUCCGUCUCCUCCGGCACGACCUCGGCAGCAAUCCUCCGGCACGACCUUGUAUUUAUGA